AUGCGGUUCCGGGGGAGGGGCUCGGCUGCUCGACACGCGCUGUCUUUUCUCGUAACAGUGAAAACACCUUCCGUUAGUGAAAGCAGGAGAGGUGCCCACGUGGCUCUCAGCACUCGACUCGCCCGCCGUGCCCUGCCACUCGAAGGAUCUUCGGAGGAGGAGGAGGGCGAGAGCCGAGACGGAGAGCCCGCCAGCGGCCGAGACGCCCCCCCAGAACAGGAACCAGCCGGGCCUCAGCCCCCCUCGGGAGUGGUCAGACCCGGGGGGAGAGAGUGUCCUCACCGAGCCGAGGGAGUGGGUCAGACCCGGGGGGAGAGAGUGUCCUCACCGAGCCGAGGGAGUGGGUCAGACCCGGGGGGAGAGAGUGUCCUCACCGAGCCGAGGGAGUGGGUCAGACCCGGGGGAGAGAGUGUCCUCACCGAGCCGAGGGAGUGGGUCAGACCCGGGGGGAGAGAGUCCUCACCGAGCCGAGGGAGUGGGUCAGACCCGGGGGGAGAGAGUGUCCUCACCGAGCCGAGGGAGUGGGUCAGACCCGGGGGGAGAGAGUGUCCUCACCGAGCCGAGGGAGUGGGUCAGACCCGGGGCGAGGGAGUGUCCUCACCGAGCGGAGGGAGUGUCCUCACCGAGCCGAGGGAGUGGGUCAGACCCAGGGGGGGGGAGAGAGUGUCCUCACCGAGCCGAGGGAGUGGGUCAGACCCGGGGGGAGAGAGUGUCCUCACCGAGCCGAGGGAGUGGGUCAGACCCGGGGGGAGAGAGUGUCCUCACCGAGCCGAGGGAGUGGGUCAGACCCGGGGCGAGAGAGUGUCCUCACCGAGCCGAGGGAGUGUCCUCACCGAGCGGAGGGAGUGUCCUCACCGAGCCGAGGGAGUGGGUCAGACCCGGGGGGAGAGAGUGUCCUCACCGAGCCGAGGGAGUGUCCUCACCGAGCCGAGGGAGUGGGUCAGACCCGGGGGGAGAGAGUGUCCUCACCGAGCCGAGGGAGUGUCCUCACCGAGCCGAGGGAGUGUCCUCACCGAGCCGAGGGAGUGUCCUCACCGAGCCGAGGGUGUGGGUCAGACCCGGGGGGAGAGAGUGUCCUCACCGAGCCGAGGGAGUGGGUCAGACCCGGGGCGAGAGAGUGUCCUCACCGAGCCGAGGGAGUGUCCUCACCGAGCGGAGGGAGUGUCCUCACCGAGCCGAGGGAGUGGGUCAGACCCGGGGGGAGAGAGUGUCCUCACCGAGCGGAGGGAGUGGGUCAGACCUGGGGGGAGAGAGUGUCCUCACCGAGCGGAGGGAGUGGGUCAGACCUGGGGGGAGAGAGUGUCAUCACCGAGCCGAGGUAAUGGGUCAGACCUGGGGGGAGAGAGUGUCCUCACCGAGCCGAGGGAGUGGGUCAGACCUGGGGGGAGAGAGUGUCCUCACCGAGCCGAGGGAGUGGGUCAGACCCGGGGGGAGAGAGUGUCCUCACCGAGCCGAGGGAGUGGGUCAGACCCGGGGGGAGAGAGUGUCCUCACCGAGCCGAGGGAGUGGGUCAGACCCGGGGAGAGAGUGUCCUCACCGAGCCGAGGGAGUGGGUCAGACCCGGGGGGGGGGGAGAGAGUGUCCUCACCGAGCCGAGGGAGUGGGUCAGACCUGGGGGGAGAGAGUGUCCUCACCGAGCCGAGGGAGUGGGUCAGACCCGGGGGGAGAGAGUGUCCUCACCGAGCCGAGGGAGUGGGUCAGACCCGGGGCGAGGGAGUGUCCUCACCGAGCCGAGGGAGUGGGUCAGACCCGGUGGAGAGAGUGUCCUCACCGACCCGAGGGACUGGGUCAGACCCGGGGGGAGAGUGUCCUCACCGAGCCGAGGGAGUGGGUCAGACCCGGGGGGAGAGAGUGUCCUCACCGAGCCGAGGGAGUGGGUCAGACCCGGGGGGAGAGAGUGUCCUCACCGAGCCGAGGGAGUGGGUCAGACCCGGGGGGAGAGAGUGUCCUCACCGAGCCGAGGGAGUGGGUCAGACCCGGGGGGAGAGAGUGUCCUCACCGAGCCGAGGGAGUGGGUCAGACCCGGGGGGAGAGAGUGUCCUCACCGAGCCGAGGGAGUGGGUCAGACCCGGAGAGAGCGUCCUCACCGAGCCGAGGGAGUGGGUCAGACCCGGGGGGAGGGAGUGUCCUCACCGAGCCGAGGGAGUGGGUCAGACCCGGGGGGAGAGUGUGUCCUCACCGAGCCGAGGGAGUGUGUCAGACCCGGGGCGAGAGAGUGUCCUCACCGAGCCGAGGGAGUGGGUCAGAUCCGGGGGGAGAGAGUGUCCUCACCGAGCCGAGGGAGUGGGUCAGACCCGAGGGGAGAGAGUGUCCUCACCGAGCCGAGGGAGUGGGUCAGACCCGGGGGGAGAGAGUGUCCUCACCGAGCCGAGGGAGUGGGUCAGACCCGGGGGGAGAGAGUGUCCUCACCGAGCCGAGGGAGUGGGUCAGACCCGGUGCGAGAGAGUGUCCUCACCGAGCCGAGGGAGUGGGUCAGACCCGGGGCGAGAGAGUGUCCUCACCGAGCCGAGGGAGUGGGUCAGACCCGGAGAGAGAGUCCUCACCGAGCCGAGGGAGUGGGUCAGACCCGGGGGGAGAGAGUGUCCUCACCGAGCCGAGGGAGUGGGUCAGACCCGGGGGGAGAGAGUGUCCUCACCGAGCCGAGGGAGUGGGUCAGACCCGGGGGGGGGGGGAGAGUGUCCUCACCGAGCCGAGGGAGUGGGUCAGACCCGGGGCGAGAGAGAGUCCUCACCGAGCCGAGGGAGUGACCUAAACUGCACGCGAUACUCCAAAUUAGGCCUCACCAACAUCUUCUACAACUACACCAUAACAUCCUGCACUCGAUACAUGAAGGCCAAUGUGCCAAAUGCGUUCUUUUUCAAUGAAUUGUGGAUCUACGUUCCCACCGUAACACCUACUGAAGUGCAACACCUCACACUCCUCAGAGCCCGGACGUUCGGUGGGUAA